AUGACAGUCAAAGAAUCUAGAGUAUUUUACCUCAAUCAGCAAACUGAAGGACUUCCCAAUGUUGAAUUGGGUGAGCCUAACUCCACUUUUAGGCUCGUAACAGAAGAGUUGCAGCCAUUAAAAGAAAAUGAAGUAUUGGUGAAAUCUCUCUAUUUUUCCAACGAUCCGCUCCAAUUGGGCUGGAUCAGAAAGGCAAGCUACGAAAACGCUGGUAUUAGGCGGAUUUUUCCGGGUGAGCCUAUGGGUGGGUUCGGUUUGGGGCAGGUUAUUGAGUCAACGGCAGACCAAUAUAAGCCUGGGGACAUUGUUAAUGGUGCUUUGAACUGGGCAGAUUAUAGUAUUGUAAAGGCCGGAGCUCUUACAGGCAAAAUUCCAGAUUCUUCAUUGCCUUUGACUACCUCGUUAUCGACUUUAGGACUCACCGGUUUGACUGGCUACUUCGGAAUAUACGGCCAGGUCAAAGAGGGAGAUACCGUAAUUGUAUCGGCAGCUUCUGGGGCCACGGGUUUGGUAGCGGUUCAAGUUGCUAAGGCUUUAGGAUGUCGGGUUGUUGGGAUCACUGGAAGCGACUAA